AUGGCAACCAUCGCCUUUUUCGGAGCAACCGGUGGCUGCGCCAACGCCUGCCUGACCCACACCCUUCUCAACGGCUACAACGCCAGAGCCCUAGUCCGUACCCCCUCAAAACUCAGGACGCUGCUCCUCUCACAACAUGGGAUAACAGAGGAGAUCAUCUCUCGCCAGCUCGAAAUAAUAGAAGGCGACGCAACAGAUGUAGAGAGUGUCACGAACACACUCAUCACCAACUCCAAUAGCGCAUCCAAUGGUGCCUGUACUCUCGUAACAAGCAUAAUUUCCGGCAUAGGCGGCACACCGACAAUGUCCUUCACCAAAGAAACGAAAUGGACCAAUACCCAGAUUCGCAUGCCUGCGUUGCCGCACAUUGAGCUCUCGAACCCGCACAUCACAGGACAGACGACACAAGCACUACUAGCGGCACUGACGCAGAUUGCUUCUGAGAGGUUCAAUUCGCCUGAGGCAUAUCGUGCUGUUGCACCAAUGGUCACUGUGAUAUCAACGACGGGCAAUGUGCCUGGUAAUAAAGAUGUACCGUUCUGGUUUAGGCCGAUGUACUCGAUCCUCCUGCCGAUCCCGCAUGCGGAUAAGUUGCAGAUGGAGAGAUUGCUUGAUGAGGAUGUUGAGUUGGGAAAUGCCGGGGUGCUUGCGGGUGGAGUUGUUGUUGUGAGACCCAGCCUUUUGACGGGGGACCAUCGAGUUCCUGUUCGCGAGGAAGGGGAAGGGGGCAAAGUGGUGGGACUGGAGCAAGUGAGGGCUGGUACGGAGAGGGAUCCUGCUAUUGGGUAUACGAUUUCACGGGCUCUGGUUGGUGAGUGGAUUUUUGAGGAGAUUGUAAAGGGUGGAGGGAAAUGGGUUGGGGAGAAAGUUACUAUCACUACUUGA